GACCGAACGAGGGAGUGAUAUCGAUCAUGGUCCAACACCAUAUGCCUAGCCAUGUUAAAAUCUCAUCCGACCGAUGCCAAGUAGAUAGCCGCGCUCUAUAAUCCCAGUGGCUCCUCACGCCACACUGCACUUCUGCCAUCGUCGUCUCAGCCAUUGUUAUUGAUGCUGUUGUUCCCUUCCUCUCGAGAGGUUGAGGUUGUUGUGAUGCAGCAUGCAUGCACCACCCCUACUAGACUUGCUCCUUCUCAUCCAGUCAAGUUGCGCCCUCGAGAUCCCUCUGGUAUGCACCGGAGAGGCACCGGGACACCAUGGAGGCUCAAAGAGGCUCAAUCAUGUUCUCGUCAGGGACUCGGGGCAGCAUGCUCGCUGAUGAAAUUACAUUGCCUUCGCUAGCGAAUCACAAAAGCAAAUUUCCCAACACACACACAUUGUAUCGUUUGGGCUUGCAUAUGCAUUGUCCUGUCUCUGCAGUGUCGCAGUGUCGAAGAAGGAAGCGCAUGCGCACGACAACCGAGCUCGGCGACCUGGGGAAAGGAACGAAGGCAGUGUUGUUUCGCAAUGCGAUGUCCAAUUGUCAAUUGUCAGAGCGUAAGCGAGAUGUAAGAUGGCUUUCUCGAUUUGGACAUGUCCGACAUGGAUAGGUACCUAGUCGUAGUCUUCUUCAGUCGCACGAGCCAAGGAAUCAAUGUCUUUGAGGACUUGGUGUUAUCAGGUAUCCAUGUCGCCAAGAGAACCUGUAAACUUUCCGCGGAACACGACUCGAAUCGGGCUCUUUUGGUAUAGUCGAACAUGAUCUUGGACAUUUG